CAGUACCACGUUAUUGUCGGGACGUCGAGGGUCUCUCGUGUCAUCGUUUCUGAGAACCUACGUGUGUCUAGAAGAGGAAGAUCGAAGGAGGAAGUGUCAGCCAACGUAAAUCUUCGUGCCAGUUAAUCCACGUCCAGUUACUUUUUCGCAGUCGCGCUUUGCUUUGGCGAACAGCUCGAAUGAACUGCGAGGCGAUCGUCAGGGGCGUGAGAAUGCUGAAGAUCGUCAAGGUCGGCUCGAACGGACUCAGAAGGCUGCACACAAGCAAUAAGAGACGAGCGGCGGUACCAGCGUCGAAGAAACUAGGAAGUGCAAAGUACUUGGAUGCCGCUUUUGGAAGUGCCUUAGAAUUGGAACGAGCACAGACACGCGAGUACAGCUUCAUUCAUGACAGUCAUUACAUGUACACUAGAGAUCAAGAUCAAGCGACGAACGCGGAAGAUGUCCUCUUCGACAUGUUUAAAAACGAGGAUACCGGCCUCCUAGCGGUGGGAAAAUUUUUGGCUGCUCUGAGGACCACCGGUUUGCGAAACGAAGAUCCUAGACUUCAAGAAUUCACGGAUAAUUUACGAAAGGAACACUUGAAGUGCGGAGGUCACGAGGGUGUAUCUCACGAGACUCAAAAAUUGAAUAGAGAACAAUUUAGACGAAUUAUAAAUCCGAACAUAGUGCUGAUCUCACGGGCGUUUAGGCAUCAAUUCAUUAUCCCCGACUGGUCGGGCUUCACCAAGCACAUAGAGGAUUUCUACUGGAAAUGCAAAUCGAACUCGGAGGGCAAGGUCGCCUCGUACAUACCGCAAUUAGCGAGGAUGAAUCCAGAUUACUGGGGCGUUUCCGUUUGCACGAUCGAUGGGCAGAGAUUCAGCAUCGGCGACACCUCGAUCCCGUUUACUUUGCAAAGUUGCAGCAAGCCCUUGACUUAUGCGAUCGCUUUAGAUAGGCUGGGACAGGAAGUGGUCCAUCAAUACGUCGGUCAGGAACCAUCCGGACGAAACUUCAACGAGUUGGUGCUAGAUUACAACAAGAAACCUCAUAAUCCUAUGAUCAACGCUGGGGCAAUCCUAGUCUGUUCUCUCCUAAAGUCUCUAAUCAAGCCUGAAAUGACUUUAGCUGAAAAAUUCGAUUUUACAAUGAACUACUUCAAGAGGCUAGCUGGUGAAGAGAAUCUAGGCUUCAACAACGCUGUGUUUUUAUCGGAACGGGAAGCUGCUGACAGAAAUUACGCACUCGGAUUCUACAUGAGGGAACACAAUUGUUAUCCCGAUAAAUCGAAUCUAAAAGAAAUCUUGGAUUUCUAUUUUCAGUGUUGCUCCAUGGAGGCGAAUUGUGACACAAUGUCAGUGAUGGCGGCUACUUUGGCCAACGGUGGUAUUUGUCCCAUCACCGAAGAAAAGGUUUUAAAGCCUGACAGCGUUCGAGAUGUUCUGAGUUUAAUGCACAGCUGUGGAAUGUACGACUACAGUGGCCAAUUUGCGUUCAAGGUUGGCAUACCAGCCAAGUCCGGAGUGUCAGGAUGUCUCUUGGUAGUGAUACCAAACGUGAUGGGUAUUUGCACGUGGUCUCCACCAUUGGAUCCUCUUGGGAACUCCUGCAGAGGGGUCCAAUUCUGUCAGGAACUCGUCUCUGAGUUCAACUUUCAUAGCACCUACUAUGAUCACAGGUACGACAAUCUGAAGCACGCGACUAAUAAGAAAGACCCGAGGAGGCACAAAUACGAAACCAAAGGGCUGUCGAUCGUUAAUCUUCUGUUCAGCGCAGCCAGUGGCGAUGUUACGGCGAUGAGAAGGCAUCGAUUGAGCGGAAUGGACAUGACCCUGUCGGAUUAUGAUGGUCGAACAGCUCUGCAUUUAGCUGCUAGCGAAGGGCAUUUGGAUUGUGUCGAAUUUUUAAUCGAACAGUGUGGAGUUCCUCACAAUCCUAAAGACAGAUGGGGAAAAAGGCCGAUCGAUGAGGCAGAAACAUUCGGACACAUGCAGGUGGUGGAAUACUUAAACAACUACGCUAUGGCCUUAAAGACGGAACAGGAAAACGAAGAAAAGGAGAAUAAUACGGAGGAAGGGGAUCAAAGAAAAGUAGCUGAAUCAACGGCGCAAACACCGAUACCAUAAGAUCAUAGCAGCUUUAGAUAGGAUAUUUUUCAUGGAAAGUGCGCGGUAUGAUUGACUUACAAUAAGAAAAUGACGGAAGGAUCUCGAGAUCACAGUGAAUCAAUUAUUUUCCUACAAAAACACACCCUACGGCUGAUUUAGUUUAUUUUUACGAUUAAUUGAAUUUUUAGCCUAGAAUUAUUAUAAUCCUGUUCUUAUCAUCAAAUAGUUUCUUUUUUUGUAUCUUAACUAUUUGAUCUUUUUUUGUAUGAAUGUGUGCGUAUGUGUAUAGAUUUUAAGAAAUGUAUGAAUGCUUUUUUGAACUAUGUUAAUUAUUUUUGUUUCUUGUUAACAGGAUACGAUUCGUACGGCAUUUUUAGUAUUAAAGAUUUAUCGUUUCAUGAAAUAGCAGCAGUUUGGAUGAUAGAAGGCUAGCACGUUCAUGGUAAUUUUACAGUAUUAUUCACGUGAUUUAGAUCUUACUUAUAAUAAGGAAUAAUUCGUCUCUUUUUUUUGUAAUAUACUUAUACGUAAAUGUCAUCUGUUUAAGUAUUAAUUUAAAUUUCGAAUGAUUGUGCAAGAGAAGUGACGUAUACCGAUGAUAAUUAAUUUCUAUAUUAGCAUAAAGAGCAUUUCGUUCAUUUACUACGAUACUCGUUCCUACGUGUUCAUCGGUAUAUGCUUUAAAUAUCGAGAAGGAAAAGUUCCAAAUUUAGGUACAACUAAGAAUCAUUUUCUAUCAAUUUGCAAUUAACAUUUUACUAAUUUUAAUAUUUCCUGUUCCAUUUCGUUUAACCUUCCAUUUUAUUGUUAUGUUAUAUUAUAUUUCAUCAGCGUAGUAUUAUAUUGGAAUAAAAGGAUUUAUUUAUGAUAAUUGUUAAUAAUGAUAUUUUAAAUUGAAAAAACCAGAACUGUGAUUGUCUGUGUCCUAUAUAUAAAAUUAUUAGUCAAAGGGAUAAGGAUCGUGGAUCUCUAUAUUAGUAGAGGAAGAGAACAACAAAAAGUAGCUACCGGAAGCGUCUUCUGCUUCCUGUACGGGUGGUACAUUUUACCACUGUCUGUUUAUUCAAUCAGAUGUUCAACCCUUUAUUUGGCAAAAUGGAAGUCCAGAAAAUUGAUAUUGUUUAACUUUCAAAGAAACUUACUUUUCUGUGAAUUAUUUGCUUUAUAAAAUUAUUGAAAUCCGGAUUGCCGAAUAAGGGGUUCGUGUUAGUGUCACGUUUCGUCAAUUACCUCGAAAUCUGCCUUAAAGUCGACGAAGGAAUGGUAAUUAUACAAAGGGGAGUAAAAAACUUAUCAAAUUUCGCUUUGUACGAUUCUUCAUUGUCUCGUGAGCAAGAACAUGUAAAAAUCGAAGACUCGAAGUGGAAUGAACUGCAUGGAUAACAGGCAUAUUGUCUGUUUGGAAUCUUUUACCUGAAAAGAGAAUUUUCAUGUCAUGAAAGAUUCCCCAGAUGAGAAACAUAUCGUUCUGAAUACGUGCUUAAAUUGGAAAUUUCUUUGUGAUUCUUGCAAAAUGCAUUUAAAUCUAAUUUUUUAUUUAAACAAAAAUUUCAGUUUAUGUAGCAUUCUAUUGUUUCGCAUCUAAUUUGAAAUAAAAGUAAUUAAAGGCACGAAUGUUAACACUUCUCGUACUUGUUUUGUAUAAUGCUACCUAAACUUGGAAAUUUCUAAACGAUUGUAUCUAAAAACUGCUGAAAGAGAAAGAUCUAUACAUAUACGAAAACGAAGAAGUUUGCUUCUUAAAUUCAUUCAGGAGAUUUGUUGGAAAUUCGAACAGUUAUCGUUGCUUAAGAAGUGAAAAGAAAAAUCACGUUCAACGGGUAGAUUAGCAAGGACACGUACAAUGAGCGUCAAUUAUCUCCUCUUAAGUUAACCAGGACUGUCGAAAAAACGAAAUAAGCUUGAUUAAUGUAAAAAGCAAAACAAAAAAAAUGAAUACUUAAAAGCAUUGUGUCAAAUAAAUCUUCCAAAAAUUUUACCUUCGCAAAUAUGUAACUUUUCAAGGUCUGAAUUCUCCGUCAUUUGAAUGUUUCGAAACGUCCAAUUAAUGCUAUUUCGAAUAUAUACAUAAUGUAUAACAAAAUAUUCUUCCAAUGGACGAAAGAUAAUACCGAUAUCUAACGUUGGGAAAGGUAUCUAUGCAAAAGCAACUUUUACUUUCAAUUGAACGAUAUUAUAAUUUUACUACGCUAAAGCAAAAAUAUUUUAUAUAAAUUAUAACUGAUUUUUCUAAAAAUCAAUUCUCUUUUUAUCUAUGAUGAAAUACAUAAUGUCAUCGAAUAUUUUAUUUUAAUUUCAUUCGCGUGAAUAUCAUGAAUCAGAUUCACGAAUACUAUUAUUUUAUUCCAAAAGUUGAAAAUUGAAUUAGAAGAUAUUUUGAAUCUUUAAUGUAACAUUAACGAUAUAUACGGAUAACAAUAUUGUCGGUUGAAAGUAAAAACAGCAAAAAUAAAAUACCUUUUUCUGCCUACAUAUUAUACGAUCCUCCAACUGAUUUAAAUUCAGAUUUUCACUUACAAGUGGACAAUAACUUUCAUCGAUACGAUCAUUAUUCCGUUCAUUAACACUCGAUCCGAUCAUGUUUUAUUCUCUUCUCUUAUUGCUACAACAAUAGAAUGGGUUAUUUGUAUUAAUAUUUUGUAAGAAUGUUUUAAAUUGCGUUUAAAGAAGAGGAGUUGGAGAAAUUAUUUUAGAAAUACGUAACUCGUACAUCUCCAUGAUUGUACUUAAAUUGCUUGUGAAAUAAAUAUUUCAAGUACA